CCGUUCGCCGAUCACCGUUUACGUUUUUAUGCAUAAAAACAGGGCGAGGCAAUUUCUUGUUUUCGUUAAAAUACAUUGUUUGAAUUUUAGAAAAAGAGGAUUGUAGAAGCAGUCCCUUUUAAAGAUGUGGUGAUGACAAAAUGGUGUUUAAACAAAGGUUUCGUUCUGUUUUGUUAAAUAAUAGGAAAAAUAUGAAGAGUUUUAUUAUUCUACUGGCCGUUACUCAUUAUGCGAGGAGUCAGGGAAUGGAAACAUCAAUACCAUUUAAUCCGAAUUAUAAACCAGGACCAAACCAACAGGACCAAAGCCUUAACGGGUCAGUAUAUCGACAAAAUCCACAGGUGCCGUACGGUAGUUUUCCCGUAAACGGCAAUGAAUACGUCCAGCCACAAAGUUCUUUUUAUCAGAACAGCGCUAACUCUGAUACAUACAACAAUGGAGAUAACGAUGUUGAUCCCCAAAAUACGGCAAACUAUUAUGCGGGUUUAGACUACGAGGAGAGGUAUAGAUGUCCACCUAAUUGGAUUCGCUACAGAGAAUCAUGUUACCGCUUCACAAAGUCACCGGAUCGACCGAGAAAUGAAGCUCGUAAAAUUUGCCAAGCGUACAGUGCCGAUUUGGCAUCAGUUAACACUCCUGAGGAGCAUGGGUUUAUUAUUACUAACCUCAUGAAGUUAGAUCCUCAGAAAGGCUCAUGGUAUAUUGGUGCACAUCAGCAGUCUCCAGGCUACUGGGCUAACGAGGGCGAUGGUUCACAACUGACAGGUUUAGAAAAUGCCUUCUUUGAUGAUCAUAAAUUAACACUAACAAGUUACAAUCUAUAUCCACUAGACUACUUAGUUUAUAGAUUUAUGCAUGAGGAAGGUCGCUGGGGGCUAGCUCCUGUGGAGGGCACACAGUAUUACCAUUUUAUUUGUGAAGGACAAACACAAAGAUUGCAUUAUUUAAUUGAAGAAGAAAGAUCAUUUACAUAUGGUUUAGAGAGAUUUGAUCCUGAAGCUAUACCAAGAGGGCCAUUUUUAACUAAAGAACCUGUUGACACAAUUUAUGAUCCAUUGAGAAAUCAUUAUGUUCAGUUAACCUGCAUUGCCGGUGGCUUUCCGGCUCCAACAUACAAAUGGUUUAGAGAAGAUUAUCAAGUUGAUAAACUGGUUUUUACAGAAAUAGACCCAUUAUUGGAUUCUAGGUUUAUAUUAAGUGGUGGUACCCUGAUGAUUUAUAAUCCAAAUGCAGAAACAGACAAUACACAAUAUCACUGUACAGCUUCUAAUAAAUUUGGCACUGUCCGAUCUGAAUCUGUAAGAUUAUCAUUUGGUUUCAUAAGAGAGUUUAACCAAAAGAGACCCAUUGAGAGUGGUAAUCAGUACUGGGGUAAAGUAAUGUCCUGUGACCCUCCCUCAUAUUAUCCAUCUGUUAAUUUCCUCUGGGCUAGAAAUUAUUUCCCUAACCUUGUUGAGGAGGAUAAAAGAUUAUUCGUAUCCUAUGAUGGUGGAUUAUAUUUUUCAGCUCUUGAAACAAUAGAUCGAGGUAAUUACAGUUGUAAUGUAAUGAGCAAGGUCUCAGAUGCUGGAAGAAAUGGUCCCUUUUUCCCCUUGUAUGUUUAUCCACAUUCUGAUUACCAACAACUUAAGUUCGCAAAUAAUUUUCCAAAAGUCUUUCCUGAUGCCCCAGUUGUAGGGCAAGAAGUAAGAUUGGAAUGCGUCUCUUUUGGCUAUCCAGUACCAUCAUAUAACUGGACAAGGAAGAAUGGAAAUAUACCGAGAAAAGCCCACUUUAGUAACUACGAUCGAGUUCUGACAAUACCUAAUGUUGGUGUAGAGGAUGAAGGUGAAUAUGUGUGUGAUGUACGUAAUGAUAGAGCUAACAUACACAAUAGUGUGUUUCUAAAAGUUCAGGCUGAGCCCAAUUUUACUAUACCUCUUGCCGACAAACACAUGGACAACAAGGGAGAUCUGCAUUGGAACUGUGAAGCAUUUGGCAUUCCAGAUGUUAAUUACACAUGGUGGAAAAAUGGUGUCAAACUUUCUAUGGACACAUUAGAGGAUGAAGAUAGAGACAGAUAUAUUAUACAAGAUAAUGUAUUAAUCAUAAAAUUUUUGGACCCCACCAGGGAUCCAGGCAUGUAUCAAUGUGAAGCAAAAAAUCAAUUAAAAGCUAAAUAUUCAACAGGUCAGUUGCGGGUUUUAUCAUUAAAACCAUCAUUUAAAAAGAAACCUCUAGAAUCUGAAACAUAUGGCUCAGAAGGAGGUAAUGUAACACUGAGAUGCAAUCCAGAAGCCGCUCCUAAACCCACUUUUACAUGGAAAAAAGACAAUAUUGUCAUCGGUGCUGGGGGUAAAAGAUUCAUAACGGAGACGGGUAAUCUCAUCAUAAGACAGCUCUCCCGAGAUGAUGAAGGGGUCUACACUUGUGUUGCAAAGAAUCAGUAUGGAUCUGAUGAGAGCAGGGGCCGUCUUAUAGUUUUAAGGACCCCACGAUUUUUGGAGCGCCUCCCACCUCGAAUAACAACACAAGUCGGCGAAGUUAUAUUCCUACAUUGUAAUGCAGAAAUUGAUCCGAUCUUGGACACUGCUUAUCUUUGGAAUCACAAUGGUAUGAGACUUAAGGACGAAUCAGAUAUGUAUGCUGAUAGGAGAAUAAAGAUAGAUGGCGGAGAGCUAACCAUUUUCGAUGUUUCGCUAUCCGACGUGGGCGACUAUGAAUGUGUCGUUAAAUCUGCAAUCGGCCGUAUUUCAUCUCACACUCAGCUGCGAAUCGAAGGACCGCCGGGGCCGCCCGGUGGCUUGCAGAUUAUGAACAUUGGCCGGUCUUCUAUUACGCUCGAAUGGACUGACAGUAACUCCAACGGUCGCCCGGUGACCUCGUACGUCCUCACCGGUCGGACGCAGUGGAAUUCUUCCUGGACAGUGAUUAGUGAUAACAUAGGUAAUAUAAUAGAAGUAGAUCGAUACAAUGGUCGAAAACGAGCGAUUAUAAACACGGCCCUUAUGCCAGGAUCCGUGUACGAGUUCAGGGUUCAGGCCGUUAACGCACUGGGGGUAGGAAAACCAUCCGCACCGAGUCCGCAAUUCUCGACGUUACCGGACAAGCCGUAUCAAGCUCCGGCCAACGUGGGCGGGGGCGGGGGCAAGAUUGGUGAUCUUACGAUCACUUGGACGCCGCUCCCGCCUCACCUUCAGAACGGACCCGGCAUACACUACAAAAUAUUUUGGCGCCGAAACGGCACUGAAGUCGAAUUCCAGUCGCUCCUGCUUAAAGAAUACGGUAACGUGGGAAUGCAUGUCGUUCAUGUGUCAUUAAAUUACUUCUACACGCCGUACAACGUUAAAGUGCAGGCCCUGAACAGCCUGGGCGCGGGGCCGGAGAGCGAGGUGGCCACCAUCUACUCAGCGGAGGACAUGCCGCAGGUGGCGCCCCAGCAGGUCUACUCGCGCUCCUUCAACUCGACCGCGCUCAACGUUACCUGGGAUCCCAUCGAUCAGUCGCGCGACCGCCUGCGAGGCAGGCUCAUAGGCCACCGCCUCAAGUACUGGAAACAAGAAAACAAAGAAGAGGAAUGCAUUUACUACCUGUCACGGACGACCAGAAACUGGGCUCUCAUUGUGGGAUUGCAGCCUGAUACUUAUUACUACGUAAAGGUAAUGGCAUUUAACUCAGCGGGCGAGGGUCCUGAGAGCGAGCGAUUCUUGGAGCGCACGUUCCGCAAGGCGCCGCAGAAGCCGCCAGCCUCCGUCAACGUGUGGGCCGUCAACCCCAGCACUGUGCGCGUCGUGUGGCGCUACGUGCAGCCCACCGACGAGGAGGAGCCGCUUAUCGGAUAUAAGGUGAGAGUUUGGGAGAUAGACCAAGACAUGAGCACUGCCAAUGACACGUUGGUCGAAGUGGAACAGAAGUUGGAGGCAUAUGUGACGAACCUGACUCCGGGCAAGUCGUACAACCUGCGAGUGCUGGCCUACUCCAACGGAGGGGACGGCCGAAUGUCCUCCCCACCUAUCACAUUCCAGAUGGGCGACUACCACAGCGAUGCUUACGGAUAUUACGUGAGAGAUGCCGCUUUACAACAUAAAUCCAUUCCAAUAACAGCUCUCUUAUUAUUGUUAUUCAUUAUACAUAUUUGCAAUUAUUCGUGAUUAAUAUAUAAGUAUUUUAUAAGAUCUGUGUUUGAUAAUGAAGCUGGUUUUUAUUAAUAUCAACUUUGU